CAAGUGCACGUCUUAAAGAUUGAUUUGAUCUCCAAAUAUUUGCUAUGAACUACAGUUAAAGCGACACGGUCAGCGCCAAGCAAUGGAAGCCACUCAGACACCAUUCUUCGUAAAAGGCCCAAACUAACAAGUGCAAACGGAAAUCAGAGGCACACUCAAUCCCUCCUUGCAUAUUUAAUGCAAUUUGCGGUUUUCAUUGUAAUGUUUUGGCAUCCGAUACCUGAAGAAGUCACAUUUCCCUGUCUGAGUGGAGAAGCUGAAUACGGAGCAUGUUUUCCUUUUUUGAGUCCUCUCAUCGCGAUAACAAAAGCUUUGUGGGGAUCUGUGUGCAGGAUGGACACGCAGGUUGCCGUGAACCGUCCUAACCACAGAGGAGCGCCUCCACCACCCCUUCAAAACCCUUAUUUCCUCUCUCGCACACUGGGAGUCCUCCACUUGGGUCAGGAUCAAUCCACGCUGCCGAGCCGCCAGCGGCCAACUGAGCACAAAAGGAAUAAAAAUCUACAAGGUCAGGUUGCAGGGGACCGUUGGAGAGACACCGUCACGUGACCCCCGGUACCAAAUGGUCUUCCGGCAGUGGUUUUCAGUAAGGACCGGAGCAAAAGACGCUGCCAUCUCUCUCAGAAAUGCAGAAGACGACAUACUACGACAACUCCCCGACGCUCUUCGGUGGCUACUCCACCUACCAGGUGCAGGGAGCAGCUGCAGCUGCUGCCAAUGGCUUUGGGGGCUAUGAUGCCCCGGUCCCAGUGUCCCACCACCAAGCUCCCUUCCAGUCGCAGACCCAUCUGGAUGUGGAUUCGUACCAACACUCCGCCUGCUCUCUGCAGUCACUGGGCAAUAAUAGUGGCCACCAGCAGCAGCAGCAGCAGCUAGCAAAGGCCAAGGAGCUGAAUGGCAGCUGCAUGCGGCCCAGUCUGCCGCCCGAGCACCUCCCUGCCUCCCAGGUGUCCCCCCCACUGCCCCCCAAACCCAGCAAUGGUAAUGCCGCCGCUCAGCAACCGGGGGGCAGUGCUGGGUCUUCUACAGUCGCCAAAUCAGGCCCUAAUAAGUCCUCAAAUUCCUCCUCCUCCACAUCUUCCUCCACAUCAUCCAGCUCCUCUUCACUGCCGCCCAACCCGGCGCUGGCCAAGCAGAUCUUCCCCUGGAUGAAAGAGUGUCGCCAAACCACCAAGCAGAAAAACUGUUCGCCCAGCAACAACUCCAGCAACGCAACAGGGGGCGCUGAGAGCGGCAGCAGUGGGGAGAAGAGUCCGAGCGGAGGUCUGUCGGCGUCGUCCAAGCGCGCUCGUACGGCGUACACCAGCGCUCAGCUGGUGGAGCUGGAGAAGGAGUUCCACUUCAACAGGUACCUUUGCCGGCCGCGGCGCGUGGAAAUGGCCAACCUGCUGAAUCUGUCCGAACGCCAGAUUAAGAUCUGGUUCCAGAACCGAAGAAUGAAGUACAAAAAAGACCAGAAGUCCAAGGGCUUGAGCUCCAGCUCUGGAGGACCGUCCCCCACAGGUUCCCCUCCUCUGACCAUGCAGUCCUCUGCCAGCUUCCUGAACUCAAUGCAUCCAAUGGGAGGAGGAGGAGGGGGCCCUACCUAUGAGACCCCCUCUCCACCUUCAUUUGGAAAGCUCCACCAGGGGGUGUCUUAUUCUAUGUCCACUGCCUAUUCUAAUGUUCCAAUGAAGGGCUGCCCUCCUCAGAAAUACGGUGCCGCUGAUCCAGACUACGGUGACCCCCACCACAGCCUAGUGCAGACCAACGCUGCCGGCUAUGGGACACCAACUAACAUGCAGGCCAGUCCGGUCUACGUUGGGGGCGGCAGCUAUGUGGAGCCCGGGCCCUCCAUGUAUGGCCUAAACCACCUCGGCCCUACGCCGCCUCACCACCAAACCAUAGACUACAACGGCGCGGGGCCGAUGUCAACUACCAACCAGCACCUCGUGGGUGGAGGGGGCCCCCAGGGUCCCUGCGAGCCACCCACACAUCCUACUUACACCGAGCUGUCAGCACACCACACCUCGACUCAGGGCAGAAUCCAGGAAGCACCCAAGCUCACUCACCUGUAGCAGGUUUAGAGCAAAACGAAAAUGUAGAAAUGAGAGAAUAUAGCA